CAAAGACGAAGUUUGGCCGGGGCGGGUAAGGAGCCAAAACUUUACCGGAAAACAGCAAAAGCUUCUCCUUUUAGCUGGCAAUUUCCUGAAACUGAUUCCGAAUUUCGUUCCAAAAUCCGGACGUAGAACAAUUUUACUCUGGAAUUUCAUACACUCCGCACAUUCACGUACAGAAUAGUUUUCUCAUCAUUAAGAUUCAGCAUGUGGAAGGACAAGAGAGGCGAUUGUCAGAUUGACAAGAAAGACCAACCAUUGUAUUUAUCAAAACAUUCAUUCAAUGAUCUGUCUCAUGUUUGUCCAGUAGUAUUUAUCUAUCUGUUGAAGGAAUGCUAUGUUCAUGGAACACGCAAAUCGUCUCCUAAGUUUCGAGCUCUACAACAAGUAUUAGUUCAAGGUUUUCAAAAUGGUCCUCAACCUGGGCCAGCUGUUUUUGCUGCACAGUGCUUCUAUGUUUUGCCAAUAAUUAAUGUAUACCUUCAAGGUUUCUCUCAUCUUAUUAUAUCUUCCUUUGAGCGUUUUCUGAAAAUGGAAAGUACCCAAACAAACAUCUUUGAUGCAAAGAUUUGGUCGGCCAAAUUGUUUGUCAACAUUGCUCGCUGCAGGCUGAAUUAUGACGAAAAGAUUCUUGUCAAGAUUGUUGAUGUUUUUAAAGUGGACCUUUCAAACAUCGGGAAAGCCAUAUGUGGCUCACAUGUAAACAGUGAGAUUGGACGGCAAACAGCUGAAAUAUUUGUUCAGCAAUAUAUCUUAAAGUUGAUAGAGCGCAGCUCAUAUACAUCUGCAGUUUUUCUUCUAGAGCACUUCUCCAUCCGGGAGCUAGAGGAUUCUUUUCUACUUAGACUCAUGGAUAGUAAAGAAUACAAAGCAGCAGAAAGAUGGGCAACAUUUAUGGGGAAACAACAUUUGUGUGUGCUUGUCCAGGAAUGCUUUGAUAGAAAACUGGAUAGUUAUGCUUAUGAGGUUAUAAGAAAAAACAAUAUGAGGGAAGAAUUCCCAGUAGUAUACCAUCAGCGCAAAGAAAGAAAACUGAAGAAGCUUGCAGAAAAAGGAUGUUGGGAUGUUGCCGAGGCGAGGACACACAAUGAUAGACAACUUCUUCAGUAUUUGGUUUAUUUAGCUAUGGAAGCUGGCUACCGAGACAAGGUAAAAGAACUAUGUAAUCGCUAUUCUCUUGAAGGUUUUGCAAAUAUCAAAGACCUUAAACGAAGUGUUGAACAAAGCCAUUAUUUGGAACUCAAAGAUUUUUCUAUUGAGGAAGUUGUUUGGGUUGACAAUGUGAAUGGCUUGCUUGAUACUACAUGCCAUAUUGAGAAAUGUAAAGUUGUGGGUCUUGAUUGUGAAUGGAAGCUUAAUGAUCAAAAAGGAGGCUUACAUAACAAGGUUAAAUAAGCUAGGAAAAAAGCAAAACCUUCCAGUUCUUGGAAUUACUGUUGUAAUCUCUCAUUGUUGAGGGGAAUUUGAACCAUUUUACCCAUCAAGGGGCUGAUGCAUUGGAUAGGGGUUCUUGGCCUUGAUGUGCACACCCAUUAUGUGGAGGUGUCUUUCACCUGCACCAUCCCCCUUUCUCUAUCAUUCAAGGGAUCAAGUACGCUUUCACUUUUUACUAUAAGUGCUAUGAUGUUAUUUUAUUUUAUGCUCACCAAUUCAUUUUAAUGCUAUAAAACUUUAGACCGAACUUCUCCCUCUCAUGGGGAGGAAUUAAAAAUUUUCGUAUUCU